AUGAAGUUCGGCAAGAGCCUGAACAACCAGAUCGUGGAGACGCUCCCGGACUGGCGCGACAAGUUCCUGUCCUACAAGGACCUCAAGAAGCGGCUCAAGCAAAUCGGCUCCGGCGCCGGCGCCGGCGAGCGGCGGAGCAAGCGCCAGCGCGUGGGGGACGGCGGCGGCGGCUCCUCACCGGCGAUGACCCCGGAGGAGGCCGGCUUUGUCGCCCUCCUCGACGCCGAGCUCGAUAAGUUUAACGCCUUCUUCCUCGAGAAGGAGGAGGACUACGUCAUCCGGCUGAAGGAGUUACAGGACAGGGUGGUGAGCGCCGCGGAGACGGGGUCGGCGGAGGAGCUGCUGCGGGUGCGGAAGGAGAUCGUCGACUUCCACGGCGAGAUGGUCCUGCUCGAGAACUACAGCGCGCUCAACUACACCGGACUGGUCAAGAUCCUCAAGAAGUACGACAAGAGGACCGGCGCACUGAUCCGCCUGCCCUUCAUCCAGAACGUAAUGCUGGAGCCGUUCUGCGCUACUGACGUCCUGUACAAGCUCGUCAAGGAGUGCGAGGAGAUGCUGGACCAGCUCCUGCCGCGAAACCAGCGGUCUGUGCCAUGCGAAGACGACGGGAAAGAAGGCAGCGACAGCGACAACAAGCCGGCGAAGCCCAGCGCCUCGCUGGCCAACGGCAAUGGCACUGGGGACAUGGAGCUGGAGGAAAUCGAGGACAUGGAAAGCAUGUACAUGAAGAGCACGGUGGCCGCACUCAGGGCGCUCAAGGAGAUAAGGAGCGGGAGCUCCACAGUGAGCGCAUUCUCCCUGCCGCCACUACGGUGA